AUGUCUCCUCUAACUGUGGACAAGAUUCACAUCAGAAAUUUCCAGGCUUAUUAUGAUGACACAACCAAGACAGAUACCAAGGAAACGGAUGAAAUGCUCUACUAUAAGACCCAGAACUUCUAUUGUAAAGUUGGAAUUGAAUUGCCAACUUGUACAGCAGACAGAGACUGGUCAAUAGGAUUGGUACAAGCCUGCGACUACAUGCAUCUGGAGAAUAAUUAUGGAGGCUUAGGAAAGUCUCUCUGGGAAUUCCAUCCUCUGAAAUCUGGUCUACGUCAAUUCAUCAAUGAUAGUGAUGGUAGACAGUACCCGUUCUACAGUAUCAGUCAAAGCCUCUAUAACAUUAAAAAGGGUAACGUAAAACGGGCCCUCGUGAAUCUUCAAAUCAAGGACUACUUUCACCCGUCUGUAGUAUGGACCCUACCCUAUUCAAGAGGUGUUCAUUUGACGGAGAUUGGAAGACAUCAGAGGUUUUACAUCUGGUUGGUAGCCAUUAAACACGGAAGAAAGGCCUGUGGACAGGAAGAUGAAGUUCACAUAUUACAAAAACUUCGGUGGGAAUAUGAUCUUCACAUGGAAAUCGAUCCUUACAUGCCGGUUGGUCAGAAGGUUAGGAGGAUCUACGAUACACAAGCAGAUUCCAUCGCAAUGUGUGAUUUUAAUCCAAGUCAGAAACUGCCAAUAGAGGCAACUCAAGCUCCACAUUGUAAUGCGGCUCAGUCGCUGAUUUGGUAUCCAAGAGAUCAGACGCGGCAUUCUAGAAUCCUAGUACCUCCGAAACAGAUCAUUGUACCUUGGGAAAAAUGGGUUUCAGAUAUGCUAGGUCCAUCUGCACGUUCUUUACUACAAAUGGCAGAAUUUUUGUAUCGGACUUCUGACUUUGAGGGUGCGCUUGUAUAUUUUCAUCGUGGAAAGCAAAUUCAUCCAAAUUCACGCGCUUUUGGACUUGGUGUUGUAAAAUCAGAGGACGCAAUCAAUACACUUAUUGGAGGCCAUUUAAGGUCAAGAUUUAAUUCCUUUUAUGGAACCAUUCAAGAUAACUCCACACAUUUAGAAAUACAAACAAAUGAAUCAUCCUCUCAGGCUCAAGAUAGUUCACCAGAAACCGCGAAGAAUUUCAAAUACCCGAAAUCUCUGAUGGGACAAUCGUUUGCUUCUGUUCGGCAUUUUACUAAGUUAGCUCAAGAGGAAGGCCAUUAUGAAAAAUACUUGAAGAAUUCAAAAGAAAUUCGAGAAUUAUUAAAUGAAAUCUAUCAAUAUCUGGAGGGAAGAUCGGAGUUUUGGCAACAGCAGGAUGCUACUCUCGUCAACCCCAAAAAGAGAUGUGAAAGGAAGGCUAAACGGAAGACAGAUUUGACCGAUCAGCUUGAUAUCCUUCAGAGAAUUGCUCAAUUACUACAAGACAUUAGUGACGUUCAGUGCGAAAGUGAUUACGAAAAAGCACUAUGCUUAUGCUCGGCUCUUCGCAAUGACUUAAAACAAUUGAAUUCCGAUUUUCCGGAAUUUAACGAAAUAUUGGCCGAUCUCAAUGCAUUUGAAGGUGUCGCAUACUUCCAUUUGCGCAAUUUCGAGGAAGCUCAAAAGGCCUUCAAUAACCAACUAAAAAUUUGCGAGAGUUCAAACUUACAGAACCAUCUACCCAGGUGCCUAGAGAAUUUGGCUAGAACUUACACAAAACUGCAAAAUUUUCGGACUGCAAAAGAUAUAUGGUUAGAACGCUUCAAAUACGACAGCAAUAACCAGGACAAAAUGUGGAUCCAAUUUGAAAUUGCCUUCUGUUGUUUCGAGCUUUGUGAAUACGAAGAAGCAAUUGAAAGGGGUUUUGCUGUAAAGCGUCUAGCUGAAAUAACCUUCAGUAUGAACUGGGAGUUGAAGGCCUCUAUUGUCAUUGCACAGUCUAACUUGGCCUUGAAAAAUCUUUGUGAAGCUCAAAUCUACUUACAGAGUGCUCAGUACGCGGCUUAUAUUUUGAAUCAACACGAUUUGGAGCCUUUAUUAGCUAAAGCAAUUGAUCUUAUCGAUGAGGAGACGGACAAAGCUAAUUAUGGGGUUGUGAAAGAGAAGUGCAGACUCUUGUGUAGGUUUAAACAACAUCUUUUUGACUCGAGAAUAUUACGCAAGAAUUCUAAGAAUAAGCGGCUAGGAUACGGCUACCAUCGGGGAUGUUUUCGAGCGUUGCUUGAUCAGGUGCCGUAUUUACGACGACCUCCUGGUCCAUCUUUCGUGGAAGCCUAUUAA